AUGGGAUCCGUUUCUAAUCAGCAGUUUGGAGGUUCCGGGCGAGGCGGUGACCAGGAGCUCGGCGACUCUCCCAAGGCGGCGGUCUCAUUCGGGACCGGUCAGUGCAAAUGGUUCAACGUUCGGAUGGGAUUUGGUUUUCUCUCCAUGACCGGCCGGGACGGAACCCCACUGGAAUCUCCGAUCGAUGUCUUUGUCCACCAGAGCAAGCUGCACAUGGAGGGCUUCCGCAGUCUGAAAGAGGGAGAGCCAGUGGAGUUUACAUUCAAGAAAUCGUCCAAAGGUUUGGAAUCAAUACGGGUAACAGGUCCUGGCGGCACCUCCUGCAUCGGGAGUGAAAGGAGGCCUAAAGGGAAGAAUAUGCAAAAGCGGAGACCCAAAGGGGACAGAUGCUACAACUGUGGAGGCUUGGAUCACCAUGCAAAGGAAUGUAAGCUUGCUCCCCAGCCCAAGAAGUGCCAUUACUGCCAAAGUAUUGGCCACAUGGUGGCCAAUUGCACAGUCAAAGCUACCCAGCAACAGCAAUCCGCCAGUUCUCAGGGAAGGCAGGAAAACAAGCCAAUGGCGGGGCCAUUAACAUCCUCCCCCUCGCCUACCACCCCACAGGAGACAGGAGGAGAAUAUAGCACCGCCCUGCUUCUGGAGGAGACGGGCGAGCACUUGGAAAAGCUGCUUCCUGAAUGUGCGGAGGGUGCCCUGCAAGAAUCUGCUGAGGAGCCGAGCAGGCAAGGCUCAUGUUUACAGAACAGGACAAAGACCUGA